AUGUAAUGGUCCCGUGCACGAUUCUCCUUCUCCUGUUCCACUUCUAAUCCUGAACUCCCUAUUAACUCAAGAAACAACUUCGAACAUUCACAGGUAUUGUCAUAUCCUGUAGCAUUUGUAUAUUCAGAAAUAUUCUUUGUUCAUCUUUGACAUUAUAUCCUCCCUUGUUCAUCGAUUAAUAUCAUCUACCCACCGAGAAGACCAGGCGCAGAACGUCGCGCAAGAAAUCAUAGGCACGUCCAAUUCUAGUAAUAAUCUCACGCGUGCCCGCAGAAUUCGUCAACCUCGACCCCCAGUCCGAUCGCGUUCCUCCUAUUCCAGCGCCAAUCAAUCAUACGAUUCUACCAUUACUAUAUCAUCUCCAUAUCCUAUCCCUUAUACGUACCAUCGUGAAAUUUUCGAACGGUUCUAUACGAGACGGAGAAAACAUCAAUAGUCUUGGCAUAAUUACAGACCGCCAUAUAGAGGACGAAGUAGCAUGAUUUUGGAUAUCUGACUUGAUUUUAUUGCGAUAUCGUCUUUUUGGCGAUCUUGGGCUGGCCAUCGCCCCAAAACCUGUUCCACCGUCGACACGUCAGGCGAGUGUCACGACUUUUGAGUCACCGAUCAAGCUGGCAUAAAGACUAUCCUCAGUUGUGCUACAUGCACACGGCCCGGAAUUGGGUCUACCUAAUUAAUUUCGCCCUUUCGUUUUAAUGCUCGAUCUCAUUCAAUGCCUGGCUCUACAUCACAAGAGAAACGGUUAAGCCUUUUAGACGACGAUGAGGCUCAAGCCUCAGCUUCCUCUUCUACUGCCCUCCUCGGUGACGAUGCGGACAAGGAUAUAGAGCCUGGACGACUAGAAGACUCGGCUUGGUCUACUCAAACAUGGGACGGUCGGUUGCUGCUAUGGUGUCUAUCCCGGUUGAGGACUCUUCGAAGGAAAGUUCGAAGACAUCCGGCAAGUUUUGCUGCUGUCUUGCUCAAAUACAUUAUUUGGGUAAUAUGUAUACUGUUAAUAGGAACACCCAUCUUUGCUCCGUCCUACACGCGACUCCCUCAACAUUUUCGAGAUCUAGAAUCUAGAUGCCAAGGACCUCUUCGAACACCGGGAUGUGCGAACCUCCACAACGAAAAGAUUUUUAUCAGUGUUUCCUUAUAUGAUAAGGAGGGUCACCUAGCAAAUGGCUUCUGGGGCGAGAGUUUGUUGGAACUGAUACAUCUACUCGGGCACGAUAACGUCUUCCUGAGUAUAUACGAGAACGAUAGCGGGCCAGAUGGUGCCACCGCCCUCGAAAGCUUACGACGGCAGCUUAGAUGCAAAAACGCUAUUAUUAACGAUCCUCACGUACCGAUCACAGAUUUUCCAAGCGUCAAACUUCCCGACGACACUGCACGAGUGAAGCGUUUGGCCUAUUUGUCAGAAAUGCGAAACCGAGCCCUACGACCUCUCGACCGAUUUGACCCCAGUAUUGGAACGGAACAAUAUGACAAAAUUUUGUUCCUAAAUGACGUAACUUUCCACCCAAUCGAGGCAGCUCAUCUGCUUUUUAGCACCAAUGUCGAGUCGGAUGGACGAGCGCAUUACUUGUCAGCAUGCGCUGUCGAUUUUUGGACACCACUCAAAUUUUAUGAUUUAUACGUAACCCGUGAUUAUGAAGGGUAUUCUGCUGGCCUACCCUUUUGGCCGGUGUUCCUGAAUGUUGGCGAUGGUGUAUCACGGGCUGCCAUGGUCGGUCAGAAAGAUGCUGUUCCCGUCCAAGCUUGCUGGAGUGGCAUGGUGGCGAUGCAGGCGAAACAUGUGCAAAAUAUGAAUGAAUCCUUGCCGAAUUCCCAUUUCCAGGACAUCAGCAAUUAUGUUAUCGACCCCGUGAGACCACACAACGUCACUUCCCCAGUUCGGUUUCGUUACGAGCCCGAGGUCUUCUUCGAAGCGUGCGAAUGCUGCUUGUUCCAUGCCGAUGUGGCUCAAGUAGCCAGGAAGGCCGGAGAGGAGGAAUUGGGAAUAUAUAUGAACCCCUAUGUACGGGUCGCGUACACGGAAAAAACUCUGUCAUGGCUUCCUUGGGUCAAGAGAUGGGAGCGGCUGUUUAGCAUCCCCCAUGCGAUAAUAUCGUGGUUCAUGUCGUUACCAACUUAUAAUCCACACCGUACGGUUCAAGAGGGUGAGACCUUUACAGAAGAGAUAUGGGUCGGCGAAGGCAAUACUGGCCAUUGGCAGUUGGUGCAGCGACAGGGUCGGAACGGGAUGUUCUGUGGUGUCAGGGAGAUGCAAGUUAUAAAACUUGAUGAACGCGACGAAGACAAGAACUGGGAGAAUAUUAAGAUCCCUGCCGGUCAGAUAACGCGGUUCCCGACCGAACACGGCGAAGUGCAACGGUCAGGCGAGAAGUGGGAUCCUAUGGUGAGCUGGAGAGUUAGGGAGGAGGCCGAGAAAGCACGCAAGAAGCAGCAGCAACAGCAUCAACUUCCGUCCCUCUCAUGAUAUUCCAGCAUGUCUAGCUAUAUCGUUCACGAAUACCCUUGCUGUCUAAAUAGGCGUUUUCAUCUACCAUCAUUAUUGUACCACGGCGGACAUUGUAUAAAGUCGGAAUAGGUACAGAUUUUAGGAUAUGGCCAUUGAUCAACACAUUUGAAAGACUAGCUCUAAAGGCAUCAACACUACAUUCAUAAUUCACGACAAAAUCAUUUACGAAGGAUACCCUCCACCUUAGGCGUCACCAUCCGCAGCAGCAGACGUUUGGAACCGCCCAUAGUUGGAUAUUGAUACCAUCACUCGCUAAUUCGCUCCUAGAAAAUCGGAGGGCGGGUUUGGCGUUUUUCUUGGGAUAUAAUAUCGUGUUGGCUCACGCGCGGAAGGAAAGGGUUGAUAAGUUGCACGGGAGGAGUAGGCCAUUCCGGCGAGCCGAAGUUCAGGGGUUGAUGAAUUCUACGUUCUGAAUAACACAUCAGUUUUAAUGACCAGUAAAGUACUAC